AGUAGAGUAUAAUUUUGUUAUUAAUACCAAGAUUAUGAUCACUUAUAAUCAUACACCAAUCCAUCUCUCAUUAUUUCCUUAAUGGAUAGAAUUCCUACAGUUGACCUCUCUCCUUUCUUAAACUGUAAUGAAGUAGAUUCAGACGAUGAUCAAUUACUAGCUCAGAGGAAGAAAAUCAAGGAAGUUAUAAAUGAGGCUUGUUCUGAAUUUGGCUUUUUUCAAAUUUUAAACCAUGGUAUUCCUACUAGUUUGAUGAGCCAAACACUGGAUCUCUCUAAAACAUUUUUCAACUACCCUGACGAGGAGAAACUCAAGUGUAGUCUUGCACCUCUUCCAGUCGGAUACAACCGUCAAGCGAGUCCCCACACAGGUCAAAAUGAGUACCUGCUAUUCUCUCCCAGAUUUGGGUUUCCAGCUAUAUAUCCUGAUACUCCUGCAGGAUUCAGGGAAGUAUCAGAAGAUAUCUUUUCCCAUCUAAAAAAAACUGGGUUGGUAGUGGAAAGAAUUUUGAAUGAAUGUUUCAAUCUCCCACCUAAUUUCCUCCACGAGUACAACCCUGACCGAACCCAUGACGCCAUGAUGCAUAGAAGCUACCAACCUACCACUGAUAUUGAGAAUAAUGGAUUAUACAGCCACCAGGAUCCAAAUUAUUUUACUUUUGUGUUUCAAGACAAAGUAGGGGGGCUUGAAGUUCUCAAGGAUGAUACCUGGAUUCCAGUAAUUCCAUCCGAGGGUUGCAUCAUCGUCAACAUAGGCGACGUGCUUCAGGUGUUAAGCAACAAUAAGUACAAGAGUGCAAUACACAGGGUGGUGAGACCAAUAGCACCUCGACAAAGUCAUCACUCAGUUGUAUACUUCUAUGAUAUAAACGGAGAUAAAUGGGUUGAACCUUUACCUCAAUUUACAAAGAAAAUUGAUGAGAAGCCAAAAUACAAAGGGUUCUACUACAAGGACUACACUGCACUGCGGGUGAAAAACGCACAGCGAUCUAGCUCGGAGGAUGUUAUUCGAAUUACCCACUAUGCUUUACCUGAUUAGCAUAGUGAGACAUGUCCAAGGAGAGACAACUACAGAAAAGAAAAACCAAAGAAGAAGGGAGAAAAGAAAAAGUAGAACCAUUUAUCUCCUCUUACAUUGUAACAGAACUACACAAAAGAGGACCCCUAAACCUUUAUGAGCAGUCUACUAGCAAUGUAAUCAUCUCUAUGUGUUUCUGUAAUAAUUAUUAAGUCUGCUAUUACGUUUCAUCUUCA